GCUAUCACCAUUUUGACAUCACACACAUUGAAAAAUUGUGCAGAAAUUCUCCCCUUCCCGGCCUUUUGGAGAAACUGGCAAAAAUAAAACUCAUUCAUCUAAUUUUGAACAUGAUCGAUAAGUUCAAGCUUGGCUCCGGUUUGAUGCGCAUCAUUGGACGAGCAACCACGCCGCCGGCGAAGCCCAAAUUUCGUUAUAUUCCGGCACGAUCAGAUAUCACGCAGCCGGUCAAAACUCACGAUCAGAAACCGGUCGAACAGAAGGAUUAUUACUCCGUGCUUGGAGUAUCUCACAUGUCCUCGUUCCAGGACAUCAAACAGGCAUACUACAAGCUAGCCAAGGAGUAUCAUCCGGACAUGAUUCACCGGACGGAUGGAGAUUCAGGAGUAGAAAAAACGGCCAUCCACAUUUCGGACGCAGACGAAGCCAAAUUUCAAGAAAUAACAGAAGCCUACGAAGCUUUGAUGAGUGAAUAUAAGAAGUGUGACAGUCUGGUACCCUUGAAUCCGGAACUGUACAAAACGGUCACCCAGGUUCGGCGGAAAUCUAUCGCUUCGGCAUGGAAUACUGUCAACGAACUGAAUUACGAAGAUGUAAUUCUGAAAAUUUCCUUCAAGGAAGCGACAGAGGGAAGCCGCCGGGAAAUUAAACUUCCUAUCGGGUCCAAGUGUGAAAAUUGUUCGGCCUGGGGCAGUUUUCCUCCGGUAGACAGCGAAGGGCUUUGCAAGGUUUGCCAGGGAUCCGGAAAGCAAACGAUCCAAACCGAAAGUGGUCCUCUUCAUAUGGUUUGUCGGUUUUGUAAAGGUGCUCGAGUGUCCACCCAUCAGCACAUCUGCAACCGAUGCAAUGGCAAGGGGAUCGUUCUGAAGCCUUGUCCGGUUCAGGUGCUUAUACCAAAAGGCUCUAAAAACAGGGACGUCCUCAAAGCUAGGAUCCCUGGACAUAAAAGAACGGUUAACGUUAUCCUCAACGUUCAUGAUAUUGACCGUUUCAAGCGGGAAGGGAUCAACAUUAGGUCCACCGAAGAAAUUACUCUGACAGAAGCAGUGCUUGGUGCCAACAUUCCAGUGAAAGGGAUCGAUGGAACUUUCAACGUGCAUGUUCCUCCUGGAACGCAACCGGGAACGGAAAUUCGCGUCCCAGCCAAAGGACUUUUCGAUCUGUCCUCGCAGGAAAAAGGAUAUCAUCUGAUUAGGAUUAAAAUUAACAUCCCUACUCACAUUAGCGCCUCGCAACGGAAACUUCUGCAAGAGCUGCACGGAACCUUAAAUCGUCCAAAUGACCGACAAUAGCCGAUCCAACGGUUUGACGGUGUUUUAAUGGCAACCGAAGCAACUUCGAACGGAGUUCAACAAAACUUGAUCUACCAUCAUUUUAGAACCAGGCCUUUCAAGUGUUGAUGUCAAUAAAUAUACAAAUUAAAACACCGUGAAA